AUCGAUUUAGCGUUCCAACACGAUUAAUCGAUUCCAUAAAAAAUCGGAUGUGAUUCGGUAAUUCUGUCCAGUAAAAACGGUUUUAGUCAGCACUACUACGCGGCGGUGACGAUUGAGGCGGGAGAAUGGCUUUGUUGAAGGGGCUGAGGCCUCUGCAGGUGGCUUCCAUCAUCGUGGUUGUGAGGAUCCUGUCGGUGUUCCUGGUGCAGACGUGGUACGUGCCGGACGAGUACUGGCAGACCCUGGAAGUGGCCCACAAGCAGGUCUUCGGGUAUGGAGCGGUGACCUGGGAGUGGCAGAAGGGCAUCCGAAGCUACCUGUACCCCGGCGUGAUCUCCGCUGUGUAUGCGGUGCUCAAGUUCACUGGACUGGACCAUCCCGAAGCGCUGGUCCUGUUACCCCGUAUCCUGCAAGCCCUGCUCAGCGCAGUCGCCGACUACAGCUUCUACAAGUGGACGGGUGAACGCAAGUGGGGCCUGUUCCUCGCGCUGACCUCAUGGUUCUGGUUCUACACAUCUGGCAGAACCUUGCUGCAGACCACGGAGACGGCGCUGGUCACCAUUGCCCUUUCCAUCUUCCCGUUCAAGGGUGGGAAGACCAGCUUUUAUGAGAAAGAGGACAACCGCUGGGUGGCCCUCGCCUGCGUGUCGGUGUUCCUGCGCCCCACGUCCGCCCCGCUGUGGAUCGUGCUCGGAGCUUACAACCUCUACACCACUAACCAGGGCCGCCCCAAGCUGUUCCUGAAGACCUAUCUGCCUAUUGCUCUCCUGACAGCCUCGGCGCUGGUGGGGCUGGACUCGUACUGCCACGGCGCGCCCGUCGCCACGCCCUGGGAGUUCUUCCGCUUCAAUGUGCUGCACGACAUCUCUUCUUUCUACGGGCAGCACCCGUGGCACUGGUACCUGACGCAAGGCCUGCCCGCAGUGCUCGGUAUCAACCUCGUCCCGGUGGUAGUCGCGUUCUACUCCGUGCUACGUCGCCCCCGCGAGAACACUCAGGGGGUGCUGUUGGUAGCUGUGGUGGCGUUGCAUGUGGCUCUGUACAGUUUCAUCCCGCACAAGGAAUUCCGUUUCGUGCUGCCGCUGCUGCCGAUAUUCCUGUACCUCGCUCAGGACGUCAUUGUGCGCUGGAGCAGGAAGGCCACCAAAUGGCAGCUCUACCUGGCCGCCCUACUGAUCCUGGUCGGCAACGCGGUGCCGGCGCUGUACUUCGGACUCGUGCACCAGAGCGGGACGCUCAAGGUGAUGCCGCUGCUGAGGGAGGCGCUGCCGAGCAACAAGAGCAGCGUGCUGUUUGCCAUGCCGUGCCACUCCACGCCGCUAUACAGCCACCUGCACAUCAACGCCACCACGCGCUACCUAAACUGCGACCCUCCGUUCAACAAGAUCGGCGAGACCUACGAGUCCGAAUAUUUCUUCAACAACCCGCAGCGGUGGUGGCGCGCCGAGUACAGUUCCAAGCCCACGCCGGACCUCGUGGUCAUGUUUGACAAGCUGAAGGGACGGUUGGAGGAGGUGCUGACCGGGUAUAGACAGCUGUAUUUGCUGCCGCAUACACAGUUCCCGGAAGGAGAGGUGAGUGAGAACGUGCUGGUACUCCAGAAGACCGCGCGACCGAAGCCCGCCCCGGCCGAGUAACGCCUAGAGAAGCUUUAACAACCAACGAUCAAACGAUGACGUAAUCAUGGGAACUGGAAUCAUUUGUUUGGCACUUUACGCGGGUAUGAUUUGAUUACUGUGUGGGAGUAACGGGUAUUGUCCACUCUAGUCGAUAGUAAUUCGAUAGGCGGUUCGAUUAGUUUCUAACUUUACCGACAGUGGCGCUGAUCAAGAUGUCAUACAAAUUGCUAUCGAAUUCGACUUGAGUCGACAAUAUUCGUGAUUUGCACGAUGAAGUAAGAAAUGAGUUGUGCAUUUGUAACCAUGUUAGAUUAAGACAUAUUGCGACGAGGUACUUAUUGGUACUAAUUUCACCGCUCUUUUAGCCAGAAAUAAUUAAAGUGGCGGCUGUUCGGAUGCUGCUUUUUAUGUUGGUCGGACAACGACACAAAAUCAGCAGAAUCAGAUCAUGCUCUAUUUUAAUAAGACUAUACUUUUAUCGUGUAAGCCCCGCAAAAAUCCUAAAAGUGCCAACUACUCGUAUGUGCCAAAUAAAUGAUUAUCGGUGUAGGAUGUAAGAAUAAAAUCUUUGUCAUAAAAAAACACUAUUGUCUAUUGACACGUGGCAAAGUACUCAAUUUUGUAAUGCCAAGUUUUUAUACCUCCUUUUGCAUUUUGUUUCAAAGUUAUAUUUUAUACCUUAGUUGGGAGAAAGGUAGAUUUUUUAUUGGUAAGAAAUAAGAUUAAAUAUUUUCUUGGUUCUAUGCAAUAGUCAGACUUAUAACAGCUAGCAGAUAUAAACUAAAAUUAUUAUAAUAAUUGCAAUACUUGACUGUAUUACCUAUUUAUAUUUUCUCUGUAAGUAUGUAAACUAUACUUAAUUUUGACUGAAUUACUUUUGAUAAAUUUCAAGAAAACUCGAAAUAUUUACAUCGCAACUGUACAAAACAAUCUAUUUGUGUGUAUGUCAAUAGUUUAGCGUGUGUGUGUUAGUGGUAGUUAAUUAAUUGAAUUCAUGCAAUACUUCAAUACAAUUUAUUUAUUUUU